CGACACUAACUCUUUUUUUGUUUUGCAGAUGAUCUUAUUCUUUUUGCAGAGGCGGAAGGCUCUCAGGUCCGGAUUAUCAAGGAAUGCUUGGACGAGUUUUGUGCUAGCUCUGGCCAAAGAGUGAACUUCAGUAAAUCCUUGCUCUAUGUCUCACCGAAUAUCGGCCAGCCUCGAGCUCAGCGCUUAAGCGACCGAGCUGGCAUUCCUUUGACUCUUAAUCUGGGUCGCUAUCUUGUUUUGCAAGCGAUUCAUGGGAGGAUUGGACAUGUUUCGCCCGAGUCAGGGAAGUUCUUUUGCUUGGAGAAGCUUUACCAAAGCUUCUAGUUUACUGUAGUAAGGCUGUGGGUGGAAUGUUCACUGCGGGAAAGAAACUAAGUUUUGGCGUGAUCUCUAGUUGAUGCAUCCCGCUCGUGGAGAUGGCUCUUCAACCGGUGCCAAGUGAGAUGAUGUUGGAUUCAGUUGCAGAAUAUCAUGGAGAAGAUGGAACUUGGGAUGUGGAGCGGCUGGCCCCCUGGCUACCAGCGGAGGUUCUGCAGAAAGUGACUGCGGUGGCUGUUGACCCUCUCUCCACCGAGAAGGAUACGAUCUUCUGGACGAGAUCCUCUAAUGGUUGUUUCUCCACGAAAACAGCCUACCUUUUGGCUAAUCCGCCUCAAUAUGAUUCCCGGCAGCAGUUGGGGAAACAAAUUUGGCAGCUCCCCGUCCCGGAAAGAGUUCGGUGUUUUUCCUGGCUGGUUUACUUGGGCAAGAUUGCGACGAAUCAGCUGAGAUUCUCUAGAAAGUGCUCACCGUCCUCCUCCUACUACCGCUGUGAAGAUGUUACUCAUUUGUCAUGUCCUCCGUGAUUGCCCGCCUGCCGCUUUUCUUUUGGAGUAGGCAUGUGCUGGCGACUGAGCAGCAAGUUUUCUUCUCAACAUCAACUAGAGACUAGUUGUAGAAGAACCUCCUCAAGGAUGAAACUAUGGCGUCAGGUGCUAGUUGGAAUGCUUUUUUCAGCAUAGCGAUUUGGUGUUUGUGGAAGAACAGGUGCACGGGCUGCUUCAAAGGGACUGCUGCUACUCUGACUGCCCCGUCCCUGAGUCACUCGAUCACGCAUAAGAUCAUCCUUUGACACAAGGCGUGGAGUGCCCCCUCAAUCUCUCUAGGUAAGCCUAGAAUUAUCCAAGACAAAAGGAUAGAGAGCAUUAGGUGGCUUCCCCCCCCCCCCCCACCCCCAUGGGGUUGGCUGAAGCUUAAUGUGGAUGGGGCUUCGGCACGAAAUCCUGGGAUUGCAGGGGCUGGCGGGUUAAUUAGGGAUGAGCAGGGUCGUUGGAUAGCCAGUUUUGUGGCUAAGAUUGGGGACGCCUCGGCGGCUCUUGUUGAGCUGUGGCCAAUUCGGCAUGGAUUGGAUAUUGCUUGGCGUCACAGGUGCACGAACUUGUUCUCCUUCUUGGCUUUGGCCUCCCUUAAUGUAAAAAAAAAAAUGCACCAUAUUAAUUAUUUGUUUUUUUUAUCAAAUUAAAACCUACACUAAAUACAUUCUCUCUCCCUAUAUCUGAUUUUUCCUUUUUCAUCAGCCUCCGACCACCAGCCUUCUUCCGACCACCAGCCUUCCUCCGACCCCCCACUACUCCGAUGAAAAUCCCAUCGACAGACUCCAUCCGACCACCUGCAAAAAAUAUACCACUGCACUGAUACGUUGUACCACUGCACUGGUAGCUAUACCACUGCACUGAUAGCGAUAUCAGUGCACUGGUACCAAUGUCAUAUCUGAGUAUCAGUGCAGUGGUACAAAUACUAGUACAAUGGUACAAGAUAUCAAUGCAGUGGUAUAUUUUUGCAGGUGACCGGAGAGAGUCUGUCGGCGGGAUUUUACCGGCGAAGUAUGGUGGUCGGAGGAAACUUGGUAGUCGGAGGCUGCUGGGAAAAGAAGAUCAGCGAUAGGAGUGAGAAAGAUCAAAGAUGAGAGAGAAUUGUAUUUUGUAUAUGUUUAGAUUUUUUAAAAAGCAAGUAAUUAAUGUGGUGUAUUUAAUGCUUACUUUGUAUUUAAUAAAAAAUAUUUAUUAUG